UUGUCCCCAGAACGCGCACCGUGUUUCCCCCCAAACCUAUGAAAAGCGCGCCGGUGUGUGUAUGUGCGCGCGCGCUGGUGGCGGUGCUGGGUGCAAUAGUGUAUGUGUUGCUGUUUGCAUGUGUAUGUGCGCUCGGUGCACAAGACUCCUCGCAGCGCUCGCCGGCCGUAGUCGCGUUUUAGUUUAGUUAGUUAGUGCCAGACGUACCGAGCAUCGCGUACGGAACGAACGAAACAAACGCACGCACGGAAAACGCAGAAACGAGAAACGCGCGACCAAUACACAUAAAUAAGGAAUUCGCAUCACGCUCGCGACGGCAAAAAAAAUUUACGAAUCAAAGUGCAAUUUUGUGGAUAUUUUUUAAUUCUUUAAGUUUUUGCGCGUUGCUCUACGCACUUUACUAGUCGGGCAACAAAAGAAUGCGAGAAAUAAUUUAGUUGGGAUUGGAAUUAAUUCGAUGGUGUCGUGAAAAAUAGUGGUGCGAAUAGGAGCGAAAAGAAAAAUUGGAGGAUGCGCGCCCGUGUGCCGAAAUGGUGCGGCAUCGUCGUGCUGCCACCGUUGCCGCCGUCGCCGCCCGCAGCCGCCACCACCGCCGCCGCCACCCGUCGUCGUCGGUCCUCCGUCGUCCGGCGGCCGUCGACGUCUAGUUAGUUUCGUAAUUUUUUAGUGCGCGCAUCGUCGACGCUCCGAACAAAUCAUUCUAGAAUCAAAAACAACAACAAAACAUUCUAGAAUAAAAAAACAAACGAUAUACAAAGACAUUUAAAAUCCAAAAAACAAAGAAGCAAAGAACAUCAAAUCGACGUGCGUUUAUGGGACUUUUGUUUGAUUUUAUUGUGGCGUGCGCGUUGUUGAAAGAAAAUUGUGAUAAAAAAAUUUUAAGUUAAGUUUUCGCGGAUGCACUCACGCACGCAGUUGCAGUUUGCUCGUUGUGUGGUGUGCGAUAUCGCGACGAGCGGCGUGACCGUGAACUAAAUUCCGCACGCCGCAAAACCCGCGCCGCACGACCGAAAGUGAAACGCAGCCGGCCAGCCGAGUGCGCUCCGGUUGCAAUUUCGGCAGUGCUGCCAACAACACACACACACACCAACCACUCAGUCACACAAACACACACGCACGUGGAUUUGCAAACACGUGCAUGUGCUGUGCGAAACGCGCGUUUUGGCCCUUGGACAACAUCGUUUACGUUGCGACUUGCGACCUCAGUGGAUAAACAGUGAAGCAAACAUUACAAACAACAACAAAAUAAACUCUUACCAAAAAACAAGGACUAACAAAUACAAUCAUUUACAGUGUGACCACAUUGGUUUUGAUUUUGUGCGGAUUAAUUCAAGUUGUCAAGUCGCGUUUUCGUUUUUCGUUUCCGGAUGUGUUGUUCCUGGGUGGGCGGUUAGUGUGUGAUGCACGUUGCGGCGCCGGCGUUGCCAAGAAAAGUGAAGCGAUGGGCAAGCUGCGUGCACGCGCCGCUUCGCCGUUGGACCAGCAGCCGCCGACGACGCCAUCCAUCGCAGCGAUCACCCGAACAGCGUCUUCGACUCCUUCUUCAUCGGCAGGAUUUUGUGUUUCGCCAUUGUCGCUGGGAUUUUUCGCGCAGCAGCAAUCAGCACGUGCACCCGCAGUGAGUUUCGUUCGUCACGCCGCGCCGCGAAAAAAUGGCGGACUGUUCCUACUCGCGAUGCAUACAACAGCGACGCAAUAUUAAACGGGAACUUCAGCGAUGGACAAAAAAUAUGGUGUACAUAGUCGGGUUGGAAAGGAUUGCUGAGGACUUGAUGGGGAAGAGGAAAUGGAAGCUGUACCAAGACUCGAUGCAACAAAGAAACUACUUGCAGCCAUUGAACAACAACGUGAAGAAGCAGCAGAGCCAGAGCGAGGAGGACGAAGAGGCGAAGCGCCAGCAGCCGCAGGAGCAGGAUACUCGCGCGUCACCAGCGCUCUCGCCCUUGCCCGCCGCCGCCCCCGAAGCGGGCGGUGCCGACGACGCACCACCGCCGGCCGAGAACGGCGACGCCAACCACCACCGCGACGACGAGGCCGACGCGGAGGACGAGUACAAGGUCAAGGACUGGUCGCCGACAAGCAAGUGCAUGUUUUGCGUCGACGGCAAACUGGAUGAACACAACAAUCACGGGGCUUUGAGUCCCCGUCCGAGUGACUCGGAAUCAAGCGACGCUGCCAGCGACGCCGAAACGGCGCCGACGCUGACACCGACGACGCACUCGACGCUGCUGAGCAACCAUCAGCGGCGUGCGAGCGGCGGCGGCGGAAUGACCGCGCUAGAAACACAGAUGGUGGCGAUGGCCGCGGCGGCGGCACUGAGUGGUGGUGUCGCUGGAACCGGUGCUCAAGGCCAAGUUCCGUCUGCCUAUUAUGGACCGCUUGGUCCCACCUGGUUGCUCUCGAUGUCCCGGAGUCUGCAUCAGGCGGCCACUGCUGCCGCCGCCGGCGGCCAAGAGGAUAAACCCGCCGGCGGUGAGCAGCCGCUUGAUCUCAGCUCGAAAGCGGGUAGCGGCGAUUCAACGCCUACCGAUACGCCCCGGCACAAUCCCAAUGCCGCCCCCUUACGGCUAUCUACUUUGGACAACAAACAUUUAUUCAAUUCUGAUUUUAGAGCAAAGCCGAGGAUGCCGGCGGUAGGAGGGCGGCGGACGUACACCGAGGAGGAGCUGCAGGCGGCGCUGCGCGACAUUCAGUCGGGCAAGCUGGGCACGCGGCGCGCCGCCGUCAUCUACGGCAUACCGCGGUCGACGCUGCGCAAUAAGGUAUACAAAUUAGCGCUGGAGCGCGAGCGUGACGCGCAUCUAACAUCCGCUGCUUCUUUGAAGCUGACCGACGAGGAGGAGGCGACGGACAUGGACGACAAGGAGCUCUCCGGCGCCGAGGAGGAGAAGGAGGUGGAGAAGGCGCUUGAGGGUCCGCUGCUCUCCUACGAUGAUCUGCUCACAUCCGAUCCGUUGAAAGCGCUGCUCACCAAGCAGAUGGGCGGUGGUGGCGGAGCCGGUAGCGACGACGAACAAAACGUGGCGGCUGCUGCUUUUGGCCCGCAUAUUCAGGCGUUAUUGUUACGUAGCCUCAUCGGCUCCAAAAUGCACGAUGGAGGCGGGGUGGAGGAGAUCCGCUGCCCGGUGAUGAAGCGCCUCUUUGCACAAGACUUUCUCAACGACCAGCUUAAAUUGCAGCUGGCGGCGCAGGCAGCACAUGUGCAUGCGCAGAGCAACGGCGACCUCGUGGAGAAGAUCGCGCGUGAACGCGACCGCCCCAGCCCGUCCAACUCGGUGAAUCGCAAGCGCGACCGAGACCGCGACUCCGACUCCGAGACGGAGGACUCCGGCUCGAAUGUGAUACUUAAGAUUCCGUCCUUCAGGCCCACCUCGACGGGCAGCAAGAAUGGCGGUGGUGGAGGCGGUGGAAGUGGUGAUUACUCUGCGGGUAGUAUGGCGUCGCCUUCGGUUACGAGCGACUCCACAUCGCCGCCCAUAGCGCUGCCGCUGCCCGGCCGCGGACUCUACCAGAAGGACGUCAAGGACCUGAUAGCCAAAAGCAUAAGCCAAAAAUUCCAACAGAGCCCCGAGCCACCUCAAGGCUCUGCCCAACAACAACAACUCCCCGGGAUGCGCAAUCCAAUAUUAGACUAUGAUCUGAUCAGAAAAGGCGGACGGUUUACUCCACCUCUCGGAGGUGGCAUUUCUGUAAUUAAGAGCGCGCAGGAACCUAGGGUACCAUAUCAAGGCGUGCAUCAUGGCCACCACCAACAGAGUUCGCACGCGCACGGGCCACACAGCCACGGCCAGAACGCGCAAAAGUCCCAAAAUUCGAAUUCAGGAGGUGGCGGAGGAGGUAGUAGCGGCGGAGGCGGAAAAGGUACCCGCCCUAAGCGAGGCAAGUAUCGCAAUUACGAUCGCGAUUCAUUGGUAGAGGCGGUGAGGGCGGUGCAACGUGGCGAGAUGUCUGUACAUCGUGCUGGUAGCUAUUACGGCGUGCCACACUCGACACUGGAAUAUAAAGUGAAAGAACGCCAUCUGAUGAGGCCACGCAAACGUGAUCCCAAACCCAAUCCAGUUGAUGAAAAAAUUGCCUCAUUGAAGCAGAAUGAUCUACGGAAUGCUGCCGCCGCCGCAGCUGCGGCUAAUGAAAAAAUGAAGGCUGCAGCGGCGGCGGGGAUAAAACCAGGUCCAGGGGCCGGUAAAUUUUCACCUGUUUCUCCGAACGGUAUUAAACUGCCCAUGUAUGACCCUGCCUUGGGACCAUUGGGAUACAACACCCAUCCAUUUCCCUUCUGGCCACACGCCGCCAGCUACCCUCACCUUCCGCUUGACUAUGGCCGACCUACGGGCGCGGCUGCGGCGGCAGUAGCGGCAGCUGCCGCCUUUCCCGCCACUAAUCACGACCAAUUGUAUGCGUCACAAAUGAUUCAGAAACUGCAUGAAGAGUCGCGUUCGUUUAUCAACCCGCCUGCAGGGGGACCCAUCCAACCACCCGGCGGGGCUAACAUGAGUAAGUCCACGCGUCAAAUGGCGGAAUCUCUUUUAGACCCAGCUGAAAGCAAUGGUCUUUUGGAUGGUAUCAUCCGCUCUAGUUUGGAAUCCGGUGUGCCAGGCGAUGAUAAAAAGGAAGACAGUAAUGUGAAACCUCAGAAUAUGUCCAAUAAAACAUUGUUAGACCAACUGUGUCGUAAUAGUCGGCUUGCUCCACUGUCAAAAUUCGCCAAUGAACAUCACCAUGAGUCACGUAAGAAAGAAAACGGCGAUGGAGAUAUGGCAUGUUCUCCCGAGGACGAUAAUGAUCCCGUAGAGUACAAACCUGAUAUUACUACGAUUGAACUGUCGAAUGACUCAAACGACUCAAAGACGAACAAUAACGGAGCCACGGAAGAGAAUGGCCGGCAAGAUGGUGGACAUUCACCACUUGCGACAACCGCGCCAGCGGUGAUACCCCGACCGGGGAUGAUCUACCUGAAGCAGGAGCUCACCAAGCCGGAGAACCUCAAGCCCGAGAUGCUGGUGCGCUUCCACGAUGCGCCGCGCAACGGCGUCGGCAUAGGGGACGAUGCAAGCGCCUCCGAGACGGAGACACACGACUGACGUCGGCUCGCGUUCGGCAGGCAUCCGGUGCUGCAUCACUAGCGCCUUUUGUGCGCGACUGGCCGAACCAAGUUGGACUCGACGCGUCGCCAGUUGAACGUGUGCGGCGGUCGGGUUUAGAGACACGUAAACUUAAACGCGUAAAGUAAACAAGAAAACAAAUGGUCCACAAAUUUAUCUUAUAAUAAAAAACAAACCGAACUGUACAAAGCAAGCGGGUUAAACUACACACGCAUACACAGAGUGGUGGUGGUGUUGGUGUUUGACAAGGUAUGGCAAUGAUGAUGACGGAAAUUGGGUGAUUUUUCACAAGUCCAACUACACUUUUUCACGCACACACAUACACAACAAACAUAAAGCAUCAAAGCAGUAACGAAACAACUUUCUGACGUGUUAAACAAAGCAGACGGACGAUAAAAAUGGUAUCGUAUGUAUUCGGUGUUUUUGCAUUACAUUUUAUCGCGAACCCACAUUUUCAAAGAGCAUUUUAAACAAUGUGCAUUUAUAUAAACAAAACGUAACGAUGUGUGUGUAUAUUCUAUCCUCUAAACAAAAACAGUAUACCCACGUCUGUGUUUCUCUGUUUCGAUGUCUCGGCAUGUUCAUAUUAUAUACAAUGCGCCAAAAUAAAUUUAUCACUAAAACUAAAAUUAUACAAAAAAAUAUAUAUAAAUUAAUGCGUAACACGUACGUGCGUACCAAAAAAAUUCAAUCGGUGUGUAUUCUCUGUGUGUGUCUUCAACGUUCGCGUAUACCUCAUCAAAGAUCUGUAAAAAUAAAACUACAUAUUUGUAAAUGUUGCAUCUCAUACGUUCGACUCGCGUGUUUGACUGCUUUGAUGUUAACACACCAACAAACUGAAACAAAUUACAAACAAAGUGGAGGUGAUUUUAAAAUGGCGUAUACAUAACUAUUAGCUAUGAGAUGGCGCUGCAUGCGUGUAAGAAAAGUGAUUUAUUGUUCUCGCCGCAUUGAAAUAGAUUCACUUUGUUGGAGAACUUGUGAAAACCCAAGGUGAAAAUAAAACACACAAAACACACGAACUGCGAGCGGCAGUUGUUAUUAACAUUCGAAAAUAUGAUAAAAUAUGGAAAAAAUUAUAUCUAUCUGUGAUUUAUUCAAAAUUUUUGAUGUAUAUUUUCUCUAAGAAACAAAAAAGUAUCUAUUAUAUUAUUAUUGAGUAACUAUUAAGGAAAAUGCAGAAAAAAAUUAAUAUUGAUAAUACGAUAUGAUAUGAUAUUGAUUAUUAAGUGUAGGUGAAGGGACGAAGAUGAAAUUUUCGAAUCGGUUCGUGGUUCGCGAAAAAAAUUAGCGUUUAGGAUGUGGAAAAAAUAUUAAAUAUCAAAACCAAAAGAAGAGAUGAUGAUGAAAUUUAUAUGUAUAAAAUUAUAAAACUUUACAAUGUGAGUCUCAUUGGUGCAUAAAUAAUUAUUCGGCUUGCAAAUAACAAGUGUCGGUGUUGAAACUAUAUUUAUCUAUAAUGCAAAUUUACUUAAAAACAAACACACACAAAAAUGCGAUUUCUCUCGGUGCAUAACAUGAAUUUUUGCAAGAAACUUUCAAAUUUCCCUACAGCUAUAGAAAAUCUAAAAGAUCAAAGAAAAACUCUAAUUACCGUGGUAAGUGUGAUGUGUUCGCAUUCGCAUUCUUGUAAAUUUUGUUGGAUUUGAUUUCUAUCGUUCAGCGUGUGCGUGUUUAUUCCAUUUUUCAAGUUUUCGAUGAGAAAAAAUGACAAAGAAGUGCAAUUAGACGAUUAUAUACAUAACAUAUAUAUUUACAUCAAUAUUAAUUAGUGUAUAAGAGUAUAUUUAACGAGAUAUUAUAUAUUUGAAGAAACUAUGAAGAACCUAUGCGACGCACGAAACUGAUGACGCGGACUAAAAAAUUUCACUAAAAUGUUGUUUGUUCGAAACCGUAGCUAAAAGAAAAGAAGAAAAAGGUGUGGCGAUUCAAAGGAACUUAUUAAAUGUAUUUUGUUGUUUCUCGAGAGAUAAAAGAUUGAUAAGACAAGUCAUCAAAAUGCUCAAUUCACUUCAAAAACAUGUUUUUGAUUGAAUUUGGUUUCGAUGAACUUGUAAGACAUUGAUAGGUAGGAUUAAUUUAUGAAAAGAUGAAGAAUCAAAAUAUGAAACCAAAAGAUUUAUUUUGCACAGAUACAAUUUUGUCAGUUUUGUUUGAAUAUUUUGUAGUCCGAUACAAAUCAAAGCCGAUCGCACUCAUGCAAAACCCACACAACCACAUACAAAACAUGCAGGACGAAAUCAACCGACAAACCGAACCGAAACCGACAGUCGAUUUUGCAAUUUGCAACAACAACUUGUUGCGCCCCCAAAGCCAGGGGCGCAACGGGACAGGCCCAAAUCCGGAUAGAAUAGUAUUAUCAUACCCAAAAACAAACAAUAUCACAACAAUAUCAAACCAACCCGCUGAAAUUCAAUAAACAGGAUAAACACACACGAAAAAAGUGAACAGACAAAAGAACCGUAAACGUAAAUAGUUCGUAGUUACAGUUAUCGAAUAAUUAGUUAUCACAGGCUAGGUAUCAAUGUAGACACAUCAACGUAGGUAACAAUAUUUAGAUUACAAAACAACUGAUGAAAACACACACAUACACACUCACAAAACAAAUAAAAUCAAAAUAGAACUUAACCUCAAUUAUUAACUACUACGAUAGAUUAUGGCAAGUUGAAUGAAAUGGCAGGCGUGUGCAACGUUGUUGUAGACUUGUAGACUAAUGUGUCUAUGGAUUUUUUGAAUUUUAACGAUUUUAAAAUGCUAAACAAAUGCUACACAACUCUAAAAACAUAACUAAAACAACACACUUAACCAGUACAUAUUUUAAGUUGGACCAAUAUUUCUCUAUAAAAUAGAUAUUUAUCUAUCUCGUAAGUUGUAAGUAAAGUCUAAGUAAUUUAAAAGAAACAAAACACACAUACACACACACCUCACACACACUAUAUCAUAUGAUAAAUGCUGACAGUUGAAGUAAAGAUUACGAAAACGUAAACGGAAAUGAGAAAAAUUGUAUAUCACUGAAAUUCAACUUCACUCUUCAAGUUUUGCAUCAAAGAUAGGCAUUUGGAAGAAUUUAAACAUAUCGUUUUUCGAAUGGAUUUAGACAAACAUGACUUACCCUCAAAUCAAAGUUAUUACAGUACUUCUAUACUCAUAUUUAUUGGCAUAUUAGAAGCUAAUGAGCACACAAUCAAAACAUAGAAUCAAACAAACCAAGGUGUUAAUUUAUUCAAUUUUCAUUUUCAUUGUGUGGCUAAAUCCAUGAGAACAUAACCAAAAACAUUCCAACCAGACAUGUGCCAGAUUUUUACAAUUAUUUUUAAAUUCACGUUUCCAAUUUUAACGCAUUGUAUUUAUUGUCAAAACAUUUCCAAUAUUGCAAUUAUCAUUCUCUCCUCGUGGUCCAAAACAAAAGAAAACUAAGCGACACACAUACACUGAGUAUACGCAAAAAAGACGACUAAUAACAGUUAAAAUAUGAUAAAACAUUAGGAGGUUAUGAACAUUUAAAGAAAUUGCGGUAAAAAAUUUAAACAAAUCGCCUUUUUGCAUAUUUAUUGAGAGAAUUUAUGUACGAAAAGUAAACUAAUGUGAGAAUAGCCAAAAAAUACGAACAUGAAAUGUUGAGAACUUUACAAAAUUUUACAAAAAUUUUAACACUAAAAAAAUUCAUCCAUUUCAAAUGGUUAUAAAACAUUUUAAAUGAAAUUAUUGUUUUCAAAUUGGACCAAAUUUUACGUUUUAUGUUUGAUGUUUUUAAUUUUAUGUUUGUGAAUCUAAGUAAUUGAAAUUCGUACCUUAAACGUAUAUCUAUAUUUUAUUCGUAUUACGUUUAGUUAUUAUUAAUUUUAAGUUGCAAACGAGUAAUUGAAUGUGCAUUUAAUUGAACAUUAAUUUUGUAUCCCAUGCAUAUUUGAUUAUCAUUAUUAUUUUAUUUGUAUUUUACGGAGUUUUUAUUUUAUUCUAUGUUAGUAAUUAAUGCGAAAUUAUUCUAUUGUUUUAAUUUAAGUGAUUAUUCUAUGAUACGUAUGAACGCGUCUGGGAAAGAAAUUUGCAGCAAUGAAAUAAAACACGUUUACAUAAAUCAAUUAAAUACAAUAAACACGUAAUUAUGCUAGACUAUAAUAAUUAGGCUGGCAGUGGCUAAACGUGUUCGAUUUUAUUCGCUUCAAUUUCGAGCGCGAUUAAUAAUUUGCUCGAUUUAUUACGUCUUUAUUAUUAUUGUCAAUGAAUUAAUUAGUUCGUAGCGUAGUAGUGUAUAUGUGUAGGUGUAAACUUAUUUUGUCUAUAAUUGUUCAUAUUUUAUAUUUUUUACAUGAUCCGCAUUUAUUUUGUGUUUUUGUGUAUUAUUCACAUGAUUUUUUAUUAUUGAAUUGAUGACUCUAUGACUAUAAUAUUAUCAUUCCAUAAAAUUUUCAAUUUAA